AGAAGGGGACAGGUGUGAAGAGAUAGAGAGACAGAGAGACAGACAGAGUCAGAGAGACAGAGAUAGAGAGAGAAAGUGCUCGAUAGUGAUCUGUGCAGCUUAAACUCUACUACUACUACUCUACCACCAGCAGGACCAUGGAGACAGGCAGCCCCAGGAAGAUCCAGUUCACCAUGCCUCUCCUGGACUCACACCUGGACCCGGAGGCUGCUGAACAGAUCAGAAGACGUCGGCCCACCCCUGCUACUCUGGUAGCUUCCAGUGACCAGUCUUCUCCAGAAAUAGACGAAGACCGUCUUCCUAACCAGUUAUACAAGGCAGCCCUGUUGAACUCUCCCAGGCAGAGGAGGAAGGGAGCAAGAGGCACGCCCACCAUGAAAGAGUUGCAGUUCAUGGUAGAACACCACCUGUACAAGCAGCAGCACGGUGGAGAUGAUGAGUGUUCCUCAGAGAGCUGUCUGUCAGACAGACCCAGCCCGGACACUCUGCCCACCGGAGAGGAGCUGGAGCUACCAGAGGACGAGGAGGCCUGGGGAACCGGCGACAAUGUCACUGCGGAGGCCUUCGAGAAGCUGCGCUGCCAGAUGGAGGGACACUUUGUGCGUUUCCAGCAGAGUUUUCGCGGGACAGUCUAUCAGACGCUGCAGGGGGACAUGAGUGCUCCCUCUCCAAGGAAGAAGUGGGAUGUUCCACCGUCCCCAUGGCAGCAACAUCAUCAUCACAACAAAAACAACACACACAAGCAGACACAAAAUCUGCAUCCGUAGUGAGUCCAGAGGAGAAGAACACAAAGAAACCCAGCCAGGAAAAAGAAGGCAAAUAGAACCAUGGAACAGCCUCCACACCAACCUGAGUGUGUCCCAAAUGGAUCCCUAUUCCCACAGGGCUCUGGUCAAAAAUAGUGCACUAUGUAGGGAAUAGGUUGCCAUUUGGGACCUGAGGGUUCAGUCAAUAACUACAGACAACAGACAGACAAGUGAUCAUCCUUUUGAUAAACAGACACACUGUAGAUACGGAGACAUCAGGAUAUAUGUCCGGCCAGGUGCUAUACCGUGCAGGUGGAGAGAUGACUAGGCGUUUAUUUAUGAUCUGAGUCCAUUAUACAGUUCAUUGUUUCUAUUGCUUUACUCAUUUGAUUGCCCCUACUAAUCUGUAACUAAUUGUCUAAUGUUCCAAACCAGGACAGGAAAUAUUUGGCUAUUUUUCAUGACAGUUUUUGGUUUGUUGUAUACACAAACUGUAAAAACCUAGCACUCACAUGUCUAAUAUGGCCCCUGUAUAAUACUCAUGAAUCCAAAAAUUGUCUCAAGAUUAUUCUAAGAUUGAUUUGAUGUUUUAGACGUUCCGUCCAGGACUCUUGAAGGAACUAGACCUCGAUGGGCCAAAAGAGACUCUCAUAAA